CAUCGAUUUGGGUUACGUUUAAGGAUCGAGAAUGAAUUUUGCUUUAAGCCGCAAAGUGCUGCACAUGGGCGGUGGCCGUGUGCUGACGCCCAACACUUUCAAUGUCCGCCAAUUGCUGAACACCUUCGACACGAUCGUCUACGCGGCGGAUGGAGUGCUGUGGCGCCACGAGGAGGCGCUCAGGGGAGCUGCCGAUACAUUCAAUGCGCUGCGUGGCAUGGGCAAGAAUGCUUUCAUUUGCACCAACAAUUCCUCCUCCUCCUGUCGCGAUCUGAGCAAGAAGGCCAACAAACUGGGCUUCAUGGUGGCCGAGAAUGAGAUCCUGUCCUCCGCGCAGGCCCUCGCACGGUUCAUGAGGGAGCGCAAGUUCCAGCGGAAAGUCUACAUUGUCGGCGGGCAGGGUAUCAAGGAUGAGCUCCAGCUGGUGGGCAUCGACAGUCUGCCGCUGGACAUGGCCAGCAUGCAGGAGAAUUCGAUGGCGGAGCAGGUGCAGAAAAUGUAUUUCGAUGCGAAUGUGGGCGCCGUAGCCGUCGGCAUGGACAAGGACCUCAAUGUGGUGAAGCUGACCAAGGCGAGCAUUUAUUUGCGGAACAGUCAGACGCUCUUUGUGGCCACCAAUCGCGAUCGUGCGUUUCCCGUGUCCGCCGAUCGACAUGUGCCCGGUGCGGGUGUCAUGGUGGCUGCCAUUGAAGCGGUGGCCAAGCGUCCGCCCUUCACCUGCGGCAAGCCCAGUCCCUAUGUUUGCUCCCAUUUGAUGCGUCAGGGCGUCAUACAGCCAGCGCGCACAUUGAUGGUGGGCGAUACCAUGUACACGGACAUGCAAUUUGGCUACAACUGCGGCUUUCACACGCUACUCGUGGGCACUGGCGUCAGCAGUCUCAAGGAUGUUCGCACUGCUCAGGCCUCGAAGCAGCCAAUGGUUUAUCAGCAAAUACCCGAUUUGUAUCUGCCCAGACUCUCGGAUUUGUUGCCCUUUUUACACUCGCGCAAUCGAUAGGCAGACACCAGGAAGAGGUUUCUCCUUCUACAUUUAUUCAACUCAGAAUUCUUUAUUGACUCUUCUACUGUCUUGGCUGUGGCAC